AUCCUUUGUUAUUUCAGAGAUUAUGAUAACUAUGAUUUGCAAUUGGAUUAGAAAAGUAAACAACCUUUAAUAUCUUAGCAAUUGGCGAUCGGAUUAAUUGUUCAUCUUGAUUGAAUUCAAAGGCAAGAAAAGUUGAUAAAAUUUUCAAUUUCAUUUGUAACUCGGGAUAAAUUUUACAACGUAAAUGUCCAAGUGCUGAUUCUGUUGUGAUUCAGUUUCAAUUAUUCAUCAUUUUCUAUGGCGAGAUAAUUAAAAACCAAACUCGAAAUAAUUUUCUUAACAAUUUAGAUUUCAUAAAAACUCGAAUGGGCUUUUUAUUAUCGUGAAUAUCGUUGUAUCAGAAUCGACAGAAUAAUCUAUUGAAACAAUUUAGUUUUAUAUCGAACUUUAUUUCACUAAUUCGAUAAUAGAUGUCACCACAUUUACUGGCGGAAAGCAAAUUGUUUGAUUGAAUUGAGCUUGGAAAUGAUUUUCUGCUAAUGAUUAAGUUAAUUAUAUUUCCUUGACAUGAUUGUUAUUAAUCAUUGUGAGGAUGAAAAAUUUAUUAACAAGAGGGAGAGAUGAUUAUAACUAUCAGGUUCAAACAAAAUUCAUCUACAAAGAAGAUGUAAUGAAAUAUUUGAUUAUCUUUUUCAGUCUUAUAUUAUUUUCAUUGAGAUUAUUUCAUCUUCAUCAUGAUCAUCAUCAUGUCUUUUACACAGACUCAAUAUUCAGUCUCAGUUUGUCUCUAUUAUCAUGUUUCAACCUCCGCCCACAAUUAACCCACAAUAAGGUAUAUCAAAGUAUCAAAUACAAGAAUCAAUGAGAAAAACAAAACAACAACAUCAAAAGAAACAAAAAGACAAAAUCCCCAAAUUAGAUCAACAAUUAGCUCUAAUCAACUCUAAUUGAAUUAUAAUUAUUCCUAUGAAAUGCUAAUAAAGAUAAUUGGAAAGUUAAAUUUGUGAAAAUGUGAUUGGAAGACAAUUAAUUAAUCGGAUUAAAUUGUGAUUCCCUGUUCGUAAAGAUUAAUAAUCUUUCACUCCCAAGCCUUUGAUAUUUUUAAUGAUAAUUUAUUUAUUUGUUUCUGCGUAUCAAUCAGAAAUGAUUUAAUUGUGAUCUCUUUUUGCAAAUUAAUUGUGAUGAAAAUUAAAUCAAUUGAUUAUUAAUCAAUGAAUCUUUCUAAUUAAUGUGAUAUCUUUUAUUUUACAUAAGAUUCAAAAGAUUAAUAUUAGUAAUCUUAAUCUCUUUCUUGUUUGUUUUUGUUUUUACUAAUCCUUGUAAUUGAAAUCAGUUUGUUUUUAUAAUCAAAAUGAUUUCUAAUUAAAUCCCUUUAAUUGUUGUCAUUUAAUCAACAUGGGAACUUGUUUUGGUAGAUAUUCAUGUUCCUGUUGUAAUUGCCUUUACCUUAAACAGCCUUGGUCAUCAUCAACAAUCAGGUCAAGUGUCAUGACCAGACAAAGUUCAACCCUUGAGUUUGAAAAUUUCAUGUACGAGUGUGACCUUCAGGAACCAACAACAUUGAAACUUCAACCUCGACUUAAUCAACAACAGCAACCGCCAAGUAUAUCAACCGUUGUAAGAUUUGAUUCUCAUAAUGUUAAAUUGGAUGAUUUCAAGUUACCAGUCUAUUCUGAUAAAUUUGAUGGUAAAUUGAUGGUUAAUUGUAACAAUUAUGAUGGACGACGAGGGGAAUCACCUCUUCUUGAUCCAAUACUAUUAAAUAUCAAUGAAAGGAUAACCUCAAGUUCAUCAUCGUCAUCAACAUUAGGUGGAAGUGAUUUAAUUAAAUCAGUUAAUUCUAAAAGUGUUAUGAUGAUGAUGAUGAUGGGAAUUAGAAGACAGAGAAGAAAAGAAGAUGAUAAAGUUAAUUGUCGUUCUAAUUACGAUGGAAAAUAUAAUUCUGAUAAUAAUAAUGUGACAAUUGUUUCAUCCGGAUCAACAAUUAAUCCAGAACAUAAAAAAGUUAUCAACAAUGUUGGUGUUGUUGUUGGUCAAGAUGAACAACAAUCAAGUGACCAUUUAGUUAAUUGCUGGGACCAUGAAGUUAAUAGUGAUGGUUUAAUCAAUGGUAAUGAUUUAGAGUGGGAUGAUUAUCAAGAUAAUUUAAUUUUCACCGAUGAAACUGAUUCACUAAUUCAAGAUAUUGAAGAUUUAACUGCAAAAGCAUUAAAAGAAACUGGAUUAAAUUAAAUCAUACUUGCCAAUUGUAUGAGAAACUAAAUCAAUUUAAUCAAAUCAACAAUCAGCAAAUUAGAUCUCAAUUUUUGGGAAACAAUUUAAUCAACACAAUUAAAGCAAGAAACUGUUAAUAUUAUCACAAUUAUUUAAACUUCCUUACAAUUAAUUUGUAUUGCCUGUAAUUAUCAUUGCUGCCUCAUCAAAAUUAAUCAAAAUUAAUCAAAUUUAAUUGUAAUUCUUUUAAUUAUAUUAAUAUAUAUAUAAGAAAAACAAUUAAAGUGAAAAUAUAAACAAAAAA